AUGAUCGGUAGCUUAUCGACUAUAUUUGUAUUGUUUAACUGGUUGAGUAUUCUGAUCUUACUUGUAAUAUGCAGCAAGAAAGGUAAGAUGUAUAACAGUAUAUAUUAGCAUAAUCAAUUUUCAAAAAAUUUUAAGAUUUUAAAGGUUUUUUCCAAAAAAUUAUAAAUUUUUUGUUUGAAAAUUGCAUAGUUUAAAAAUUUUGUUGAUUAAAAUUUGAUUUUUUUUCAAAAAGUAAUAAGUAAUUAGACUCAUAUAUCAAAACAAAGUAUUGACUUACAGUAACCAGCUUAUAAUCAAGGUUAUAAGCAAAGUUUCCAAAUUUAAAAUUUUGCUUCCGGCACUAGCUACAAAGCCAGAGCUCUUAGGAUAGUUAUAAGUACCCAUAGAAGCAAAUGCGAUCGUAAAAUUGAAAAAUAUUUUAGAAAAAACCAAAAAAGACAAAGCUCCAACAGCAACCCCAGCCAAAAAUCCUGACAAUAUAAAGAAGGAAACAGAAGGUUCAAAAGCAGAUACAGACGUUGACAAAGAAGAAGAAGAAAAACCAGAAAAUAAGCCUAAGGAAGAGAGGAGGAAACCCGAUGUUAAGAAGAGAGGAGGUGAUAUGACAGUAAGGAAUCAUUGUAGCUAACUAUAUACUAGCUUAAAGAUACAAACAUGACACCUAAAUAUAGGAUCUUAUAUUCUCAUUUAACUUACUGUAAUCUUGUUUAAAUUAUUGUGAUAUUUUACAGAGUCAAGUUGCCAAGGUGAAAGCAGACCAAGAACAUCCAGAAUCCUUCGCCAGUGUUGUAGACAAGAUCUUCUCAGACAAAGAAGUAAAGGGUGACAAGAAGGUAAAGGAAGACAAGGAGAGCAAAGGUACGAUGGAGACGCUUACUAAAGCGACAACCAAAACCAAGGUAAGUAUAUUAUGUUUGUUUUAGGUUGAUUGCAUUCCAAAUUGCUAUCGAAACACAAAGUAAUUUGCAAAGCAAACAACAUAAAGCGUGUUAUAUAUACAUUGUCAUAUAAGGGUGUAGUGUCAUUGUUAUAGCCUCUAACUACCUCUACAACCUUUGUGAGACAUUGGUAAAGUACUAAAGAUAGUGACACAAAACUAGGGUUGUAUGUGUAGUCAUAGUAUACAGUGUCACGUCAUAAUAAAGUCAUAUAAGGCAUGUUCUGCUGACUCUCAAAUCCCUUAUAUACUGGACCAGUAAUUAGUCCGCUAGCCUCUUGUGACCUUUAUUAACGGAUUUUAUAUUUAACUCAAUGUUAAGUGCUUUACCGCAAUCACUUUACCGUAGUAAAUUUUGGUAUAAUCCUUUUACGCGCCAAUUAUUAUCAUUGAUUGACAUGGUUUUACAGCUAAUGUAAGAAGGUUAGAAGCAACUUACAAAUUUUUAGGUAAAAGCACUUAUGGUGACUUUGUUUUAAUGUUAUAAUUAGAUAAUUGAGGUACGGAACCAAACAAAACUUAUUUUGAACAAGGAAUAUGGCGUAACUGACAGUGAAAAGUAAAGAAUGUAAUGUAAUUUACUGUAAACAUUAUGCAAAUCUAUUUUUUUACUUUCAGACCAAAACCAAUACGACACAGAAUCAGACACGUCCUACCGUAACAGGAACUCAAGAUACAAAAGACUGAUACCAUUAAGUAAUAGUGUUUGAACAUAGAAUAAAUUUAGUAUAGGUGAUUUUGUUGUUCUUGUUUGAUGUUACACUUGAAAAAACAUUAUUUUUUAAUCAGAUUUUUUAACUUACCGUAACUUUUCUCUUUGACAGUAAUCACAAAUCAGAGAUAUUUCCAGAUAAAUACCUGAAUAUUCUCACAAAAGUGCCAAAAAUAUUUUAAAAAUUGAUUUUCAAUAAGUUUAACUUUAGUAAAAUUUGCAUAAUUCAAAUUUUGAGCUGACAAAUUUUAAUUUGGCGGUUUUCAUUCUCUAUAACUCGGUGGCUUUUGUAUUUCCACCAGCGAUCGUCUCGGUCUGUCAGUUGUAAUGAGUCUCCUGAACUAUAUAGCACUUCUCCUGUUAUACUGCGCCUUUCUCAUCGGUGGGACAGCCAACUGUUGUAAGAGGCAAGGUGGCAAAAAAAGGAAAGACUAAGAGUAAGUGAUAAUGAAAAAUAUUUGAAUCUUGUUUUGGUGACAUGGUCAAAAAAUGGAUUUCAAUAAUAAUAUAACGUUUUUAAAUCAUAAUAUAAGGCUUUUCAAUGACAAUAUAAAGCUACCCUUUCCAAAAUCAAUUUUAGGCACCAAUGGAAGCAAAUCAAAGGUGUCAGCAUUGGGUAAGCAGAAAAAUGUAGACAAGCAGAAGAAGGGCGCCGGAAAGAACAAGGACGAUGAUAAAACACAACACUUCUCCUGUCACGGCACCGAGAACGAUGAAGACUUCCACAUACCCGAGUUCUCGCUCGAAUCCUCCAAAAAAGCAAAAAAGAAAAAGGGGGAGAAAGUGGUCACUCAGCCUACUCAGGUAAGACAGGCUUAACGUUGCCUAGGUUUAACUGUUAAAAUUAACUAAACGAUUGAGGUCAAGUCAAAAAUAUUAGCAAAACUUCAAAAUUUUUGAAAAAAUAAAGCAAAACUUGACAUCACGUUAGUUUAAUAAAAGUAUUGAUAGCUUUCCUGUGUCAUAUUAUACGUGAAAUCAUUUCAGGCAACUCAAGAAACUCAAGACAAAUCAGAUAGCAAGAAGAGCAAGUCCGCCAUUGAUAGUGCAGGUCUAUCCAAAACCGACAACAAGCGCAGUGCUGAACAAGCUAAAAACGUCAGUUUUUCCAAAUUUUAACACUUCAAACAUUAAACAAUAAAAUCUCCUUAAUUUUUUUAAAGAUAUACUAAUACAUUUGCUAUCCAUUUCUUUCGAUAACGACACCUAUUUCCAGUUGAAGACGAAGCAAACCCAAGACAAGACCGAGAAAACAGGAGAGACCAGCCAUUGA